AUGAUGCGCGUCCUCGGCUGCCUUCUCCUUCCGGGCCUUGCGCUCGGAAGCCACUGCUCGAGGAGCACCGUGCCAGGCUACUGCUGCUCUAUCGGAUGCGACACGGCGAUUGAUCUGACGCUUUACGGCAUGUCGCCAGCCACGUGUUCCACGGGCGACGCAACGCUCGCCGACAUCUUUGCAGUCGCGUCGGCCGAUGGCUGCAGCCCGCUGACGGAGGGGAGCUGCGCAUGGGAUUCAAGCGCAGAUGCGAAGUGCAUCAGUCAGGGCCUUUGCCCGGCCGUGGAAUGCAAUUUCCCCCCCGUGUGGAACGGCACCACACCCGAGGUCUGGAACGGCAAGGAGUGCACCUCCGAGUGCCCUUCGUGGUGCCCGCCGGAGAAGCCUCCGCCGGAGUGCACAGCCCUGGUCGGCCGCAACAGGAAGCGGGAAGGCUGCUUCUCGAUCGAAUCAGGCGGCAACUGCGACAGCUACUUUGAGAGUUUCGGCACAAUCUACGCUCUCUGCGAGGACACGGGCAGAGGCUCGAGCGUCACUGCGACCGUCCCGGCGGGCGUCACGAAGGUGCAGUACAAGGAUGCGCUCAGGGACAACAUUUGCGGGAGCAAGCCGGUGGACAAGUGCAACGUAUUGGAGGGGAGCCGGCGGCGGUUGGUCGACGGCGUCGAGACGGCACACGGGCGUGCGCUGCAGAUCAGCGCGAGCUUCAAUGUGAUCGAGAGCCUCAACGCGACGGACACGGGCGGCCUCGGCGCCCCCACCUCCCACCCCGCCGGCCUCGUCAUGACUGUCACCUUCACCUCCGGCACGGACAUGGACAGCGUGUACAUCGACUUCUCGUCGAGCACAACCGUGAUCUGCAUCGUGACCUGCGUCCCGCCCACAGACGGCGUGGCUUUGACCAUCGAGAUUGCGGUCACGGGCGCCUUUAACGAGAGCGACAUCACCUCCCUUCUCACUGGCAUGACGCCGCAGGUUGGCAGCGGCUUCUUCGGGCUGGGCUUCCUCGACGGCACGUCGAAGCUCCCCGACGGCGAGGCGAUCGCUGUCGUGUCUCGGCCCCUCCUCGACAUCGACGUGGACUCUGUGACGACCGCGGUCGUCGCCUCUCCCGCCGCCCCGGCAUUCGACGCGCUCCUCUUUGUCAUCGGGGCGGCCUUCGACCCGUGCGUCUUGUGCAACGCAAUCCUGAGAAAGACUGGCAACAGGCCCCGUUUGUACGGAAACCCGUGCCUGCCUGGCGACCCGACGAAAACCUACAAGGACGGCCCCAAAUCCACCGCCGACCUCGUCCAGGAGACUACCGAGUGCUACACGAACAUCGCGGACGACCCUACGAAUCCGGCCAACUACAGGUCGCAGCUCGCAGCCGCCGCCGGAGUCAGCGCGGCCGACAUCUCGCUCAGCAUCACCGCCGGCUCCCUCACCGUCACCGCCACCAUUCUCACACCCACCAUGGCGGCGGCGCAGGCCGCAGCGGCUGGCGUCUCCAGCGCGAUCGGCGCUUCGAGUGGCACCUUCAUGGGCGUCUCCGUCGUGUCGACACCCGCGCAACCAACGGACUCGAGCCUCUUCGACAAGCAGGCGCCCGUGAGCGACCUGUCAUACGCCGACAGCACGACGGGACGGCCGUGGGCCGAGUGCGGCCAAUACACAAGCCAAUGGUGGGGCGUCGACCUCGGGAGCGAGGUGUAUGUGCGCUUCGUGCGGCUGCAGAACCGCAACGACUGCUGCGCGGAGCGGCUGACGGACGUCGACAUCUAUCUCGGCUCGACGGCGGAGACGUACACGGGCAACGCGCUGGUGAAGUCGGACGUGAGCGUGUCAUCGAACGUGAUGUUGGAGGUGGAGAUCAACGCGUUGGGGCGCUACAUCUACCUCAACCGGCCGUCUGCGGCGGGGCUGACGGUGUGCAAGUUCUACGACUCGAGCAUCUACGACAAGCAGGCGCCCGUGAGCGACCUGUCAUACGCCGACAGCACGACGGGACGACCGUGGGCCGAGUGCGGCCACUACACAAGCCAAUGGUGGGGCGUCAACCUCGGGAGCGAGGUGUAUGUGCGCUACGUGCGGCUUCAGAACCGCAACGACUGCUGCCCACAGCGUCUGACCGGCAUUGACAUCUAUCUCGGCACGACGGCAGAGACGUACACGGGCAACGCGCUGGUGAAGUCGGACGUGAGCGUGUCAUCGAACGUGAUGUUGGAGGUGGAGAUCAACGCGUUGGGGCGCUACAUCUACCUCAACCGGCCGUCUGCGACGGGGCUGACGGUGUGCAAGUUCUACGUUUACGGAUACGUGUGA